AUGUCAGGAAACUUGAUCAUAGUGUUGUGUGCUUGCUGGGUUAUUCUCGAAGAAUGUACAGGAUUAUCCAGCCCUAUCGCACCAUUUGUUACGUAUAAACAUUCUGCUGAAUUGCAAAAAGAUAUUGCUGAUCUUUGGUGGACAGUUGAUGAUGCGGAACGAGAAAUUACUUUUGAAUUACAUAUGAAAAGUACAGGUUGGAUUGCACUAGGCAUCAGUCCAGCUGGUGGUAUGAAAGGUGCUGAUAUUGCUAUUGGAUGGGUAGAAUCAUCCGGUAAAGUUUUUCUUCAAGAUCGGUAUUCAACAGCAAAUUCAAGACCAAUGCGAGAUAACACAACUCAAGACUGGUUUGUCUUACAAGGACAAGAGAAAGAUGGCUGGACAGCGAUUCGUUUCAAACGUUUACUUCAUACCUGUGAUUCGAUGGAUGUACCAAUAAAAUCUGGAACUAAUAUUCUGAUAUUUGCUUAUGGUCUUGUUGAUCUCGAUUCCAAUCGGCCAGAAGUAGAUAUCAUGUAUCAUGGUACCCGACGAAAUAGUCGAAUGUUACCACUUCGUUCUUACGCUGAUCCACCUGCUGAUGAAAAAUUUCUUGGUCUGGAUACAUUCGAAUUUCGCUCAGAUAACUACAUCGUACCAUCGAAUGACACGACUUAUCAUUGUAAAAUCUACAAAGCACCAAGUCAGUAUCCUCACAAACGCCAUGCCAUUGCUCAUAAGAUAUUAAUCGAUCCAGACAAUAUUGAUCUUGUUCAUCAUUUGGACUUGUAUGAAUGUGACCCAACAGCGACAUUCGAUGACAAUAACCUACCUGAUGAUCUUUGUGACAGUAUACCGGACGAGAUUCGAUUGUGUUCGUCGAAUUUUGCUACUGUGUGGGCUGUUGGUGGUGAUGUCAUGAGAGAAUUUCCCGAAGAAGCUGGCUAUGCUGUUGGAGGAAAUUCUGAAACGAAAUACUAUAUGAUCCAAAUGCAUUACGAUAAUCCUCGGCUAUCAUCAAAUCGCCGUGAUAGUUCAGGAAUACGAUUUUAUCUUGGCAAUGAACUUCGUCAAUACGAUCUCGGCUUUUUAACAUUUGGAAUAGGUUCAACACCAUCCGGUCUUGCAAUCCCACCAAAGGUUGAGCGAUUUAUUACCGAUUCGUUCUGUCCACCGGAAGCAACUCGUAAUUUUCCGAAAUCGGGUAUCAAUGUCAUUUUUGCUUUGCCACAUACUCAUUUACAAGGAUCAAGUACUUGGACGAAAAUAAUUCGAAACAAUACAGCUGUACAAUAUCUUUUCAACGCUGAAUCGUAUGAUUUCAACUAUCAGUUUCAAAAUCGUUUACCAAAACCCAUCAAGCUUUAUCCAGGUGAUUCGUUUGCUACUCGAUGUAUCUAUAAUACAAUGAAUAAAGACGAUGUUACAUUAGGUGGUGAGCGUACCAAAGAUGAAAUGUGUGUUAACAUGUUUACAUACUACCCUCGUAUGAAUGACUUAUACGCAUGUGUGACGCUCAAUCAUGAUUCAGCUUGGCAAGAUGUUAUGAAUACAUCAUCACCAAUCGAUUAUAAGCAGGUGAAGGACUGGUUAUUAACUAAAAAUUGGACUUCUGAGUCAACGAAACAGUGGCAGAACUUUUACGAAAGAGCACCUCGACUUGUUAUCUAUGGCAAAUCCGGAUAUUUUCAAGAUCAGAUGCUGUCGACUUUACCAACGUACGAAGAUUUCAAAGCAGAAGAAUGUCAUAAAUGA